GUGGUCCUACCCUGACUUCUUCAAUAGGUACCGUGUUCUUAUGAAGAAGAGAGACCUCUCUAAGAAGGACAAGAAGCAGAUCUGUCAGACCCUCUUGGAAGACCUCAUCAAGGAUCCAGACAAGUUCCAGUUUGGCCGUACCAAGAUCUUUUUCCGUGCAGGCCAGGUGGCAUAUCUGGAGAAGCUUCGAGCAGAUAAGUUCAGAGCUGCCACCAUCCUGAUUCAGAAGACAGUGAGGGGCUGGCUGCAGAGGCUCAGCUACAAAAGGCUGAGAGAAGCUGCAGUGCUCAUCCAACGCUACGCCCGGGGGCACCUGGCACGGAGGCUUGCUGAACACCUGAGGAGGACCAAAGCUGCCAUCAUCUUCCAGAAGCAGUACCGAAUGGUGCGGAUCCGCCGAGCUUUCCUGAGAGUCCGUGGUGCCACCAUCACCAUCCAGGCCUUUGCCAGGGGCAUGCUGGUCAGGAGGAUCUACCACAAGGUCCUCUUGGAGCACAAAGCCACCAUCCUGCAGAAGCACGUCCGUGGUUGGUUGGCCCGUAGGCGUUUCCUCCAGCUCCGGGGGGCCACCAUCCUCCUGCAGUGCUGCUUCCGGCGCCUGAAGGCCAAGCAGGAGCUGAGGGCUCUGAGGAUAGAGGCCCGCUCAGCAGAGCACCUCAGGAAGCUCAACGUUGGCAUGGAGAACAAGGUGGUCCAGCUGCAGAGGAAGAUCGAUGAGCAGAACAAGGAAUACAAACUUCUCAACGAGCAGCUCUCAACCCUCCUGUCUACCCACUCCUCCGAGGUGGAAAAGCUGAAGAAGGAACUGGUCCAAUACCAGCAGAGUGAUGGCAACCAGCUUGUCAGCUUGCAGGAGGAGCUGGAGCAUCUUCGACUGGAGCUGGAGAAAGCUCAUGGGGAGAGGAAGGUGGUGGAAGACAGCUACGUGAAGGAGAAAGACCUGCUGAGAAAGCGUAUCUCUGACUUGGAAGAAGAAAAUGCUCUCCUGAAGCAGGAGAAAGAGGAGCUUAACAGCAGGAUCCUGGGUCAAUCUGAAGGUGAAUUGGCACAAAACACACUUGAGGAAAAUCUCCAGAUGAAGCAAGAGCUGGAAGAAGAGAGAUCUCGUUACCAGAACUUGGUAAAGGAAUAUUCAAGGCUGGAGCAGAGAUAUGACAACUUGCAAGAUGAAAUCACUCUUAUAAAGCAAGCCCCAGGCCACAGGAGAAACCCAUCCAACCAGAGCAGUUUGGAGUCUGAUUCCAACUAUCCCUCCAUAUCAACCUCUGAGAUGGGAGACACUGAGGAUGUGAUACAACAAGUGGAGGAGGUUGGGAUGGAGAAGGCUGCCAUGGACAUGACCCUCUUCCUAAAGCUACAGAAGCGAGUGAGGGAACUUGAGCAGGAGAGGAAGAAGCUGCAAGCCCAGAUGGAGAAAAAGGAGCAAGAGAGCAAGAAAUCCCAGGUGAUUGAAAUGAAGACUGAAGUGACUUCAGACCACGAAGAUUUUGCCUACAACAGCCUGAAGAGGCAGGAACUGGAAUCAGAGAACAAGAAGCUGAAAAAUGAACUGAACGAGCUGAGGAAGGCCAUGGCUGACAGAGCCACCCAAAACAACUCCUCCAACGACCUCCAGGACAUCUACAACCUCCUCCUCAACCAGCUGAAGUCGGCCAACGAGGAGCUGGAGGUGCGGAAGGAAGAGGUGCUCAUCCUGAGGACACAGAUCAUGAAGGCAGCCCAGCAAAAAGAAAUGGGGAAGAACCUGGAGAGCAUCACCACCACUGCCAGCUGGCCCAACAGUGACAAACACAUUGACCAGGAGGACGCCAUCGAAGCCUACCAGGGGAUGUGUGAGACCAACCGCAAGACUGAGGACUGGGGGUAUCUCAAUGAAGAUGGAGAGCUGGGCUUGGCUUACCAAGGCUUAAAGCAAGUUGCCAGGUUGCUGGAAGCACAGCUCCAGGAUCAGAGGAGAGAAUACGAGGAGGAGGUGGAAGCUCUGAAAAACCAAGUGGAUGCAAUGAAAGAAGAGCUGGAGAAACAGCAACAGACUUUCCUGCAGACCCUGCAGCUCUCUCCAGAGGCCCAAGUGGAGUUUGGACUUCAGCAAGAGAUCACACGUCUCACCAAUGAGAAUCUGGAUCUUAAAGAAUUGCUGGAGAAGUUGGAAAAGAAUGAAAAGAAGCUGAAGAAGCAGCUGAAGAUUUACAUGAAGAAGGUCCAAGAUUUUGAAGCAUCCCAAGCUGUGGUACCAGCAGAGAGGAGGCAGCAGGAGCCUAACAUGCAAGUUGCUGUCCAGAGGAAGGAGAAAGAUUUUCAGGGCAUGUUGGAGUACUACAAAGAAGAUGAACCACUCCUCAUCCGAAACCUCAUCACAGAUCUCAAGCCCCAGACAGUGUCUUCUGCUGUUCCCUGCCUUCCUGCCUACAUCCUCUACAUGUGCCUCAGGCAUGCAGACUACAUCAACGAUGACCAGAAAGUGCAUUCCCUGCUCACCUCCACCAUCAACAGCAUCAAGAAGGUCCUGAAGAAGCACAGCAAUGACUUUGAGAUGACAUCCUUCUGGCUGGCCAACACGUGUCGCCUCCUGCACUGUUUGAAGCAGUACAGUGGAGACGUGGGUUUCAUGACCCAAAACACGGCGAAGCAGAACGAGCACUGCCUGAAGAACUUUGACUUGACAGCAUACCGUGAGGUGCUGAGCCAGCUCUCCAUCCAGAUCUACCAGCAGCUCAUCAAGGUAGCAGAGGGCAUCCUCCAACCCAUGGCUG